GUCACCAUGACAUUUAUACAUUAAAAUUUCUCAAAGUAGCCCCGUAACAUUUCAACAUGUUACUUUAUUCUAAAUUGCAAUGGUUAAAAGUCUUCCGAAAGUAAUUUAUCACGGUGUCAAAGUAUUUCUAAAGUCGGUGAAAAAAAGUGUCGCAGAAGAAAUAGCCCUAAGCCAGCAGAGGGCGAAAAUUCGAUAUAGCAAAGAAAAUCCAGGAAUCGAACCGAAAGAAAAAAACCGUAUGUCGAUUGCCGAAGCUAAACUAAUACUAAAUGUUAGCAAAUUGUGCCCAAAAGAAGUGGAAUAUAAUUUUAGGCAUUUAUUUGAUGUAAACAGUGAGGGUAAAGGUGGAUCUUUUUAUUUACAAUCAAAAAUUCUACAAGCAAAGAAGGUGUUAGAUAUGGAACUUAAAAAAUGUGAUGAGUAAUCAUAAUGUUUGUUAAUACUAAUCAAAUUGCUGCAAAAGUUUAGACAUAAAAUAUAUUUUGGUAGAAAAUUGUAUAAAUUGAAAAAUAUAAUAACUUUUUUUUUAUUCGUAA